AUGGCGUCCUCACCGGCGUUUGAGUGGCAUCCUGCAAGGUACAUGCAGGCCAGCGAGCUAGGUGACGACUUUGCUUUGCUUGUGCUCAACCAGCCGUUGAAGAACGGCACAACACUGCGGAAACUAUGGAAUAACUCGGCGGUGAGAGUCGCUGCCGAUGGUGGUGCAAAUCGCUUAUAUGAGCUGUCCUCAUUCCAAGGGAAAUUUUCAAACCUCCAGGCCAUCAUUGGUGACCUGGACUCACUGUCGCCGACGGUCCGCGACUUUUACUCCUCGCAGCCACAGCCCGCCCAGGUCAUCCACGACCGCGACCAGGAGAGCAGCGACUUUGGCAAGUCCGUCAAGUGGAUUCGCGACUCCUACAAGAUGGACAUUGUCGCCCUCGGCGGCAUCGGCGGCCGCGUCGACCAGGGCGUCAGCCAGCUGCACCACCUGUACCUCUUCCAGCCGGGCCCCGGCUACGACGCCGGCCGCAUCUUCCUGCUGUCCGGCUCCAGCCUGACCUUCCUGCUCAAGGCCGGCCGCCACCGCAUCCACGUCCGCGAGGAGGACGGCGAGCAGGACGUCUUCGCCAAGCACGUGGGCAUCCUGCCGCUGCGCGAGCCCAGCCGCAUCACGACAAGGGGGCUCGAGUGGGACGUGACGGACUGGCUGAGCCAGAUUGGCGGCAGCCUCAGCACGAGCAACCACAUCCUGCCGGACACCAAGCAGGUUGACAUUGAGACAACAAAGGACGUGCUGUUUACGGUGGCUCUUCGACAGAUUGACAAUGAGGACGAGUGUUGA